UUUGUGUUGUCUCGUUGAGGGUGGGACGUUACCAGGAGGCCUUGGGUCCGCUGCUCAACGCCAAGAGACUGCAACACAAACUGGGCUGGGCGAGUUACUAUGACAACCAGGCUCAGGCUCCGCUCCCGGCCUCCUCUCAUUGGUUCUUCACCCUGGUGGGGCUGUCAAGCUGUUUCCAGGAAGUGGACCAGCUGGAGGAGGCGAGGGACCACUGUGACCUCGCCCUCCGUGUCCUGACCCCGGCCGAGACUGACACGGAGGGAGAUAAGCCCCUCCCACUCCAAGACAAGCCCCACCCGCAGACUGAAAAGCACGACGCGUCACCGCGGCGCCUCGACAGGCCACACCCCCUCCUGUUGCCAUUGUUACGGGCGGUGGUUCGGCUGUCGUGGCAGACGGGAAGGGACAAGCGGCAGUGGGAGGAGCUUCUGCAGCAGCUGGAUGAGCAGAGGGCGGGGCUAGACAAUCAACCAACCAUCAAAGAGUUUCUGGUCAAACAUAACCUGCAGGAGAGCGAGGGCGAGGGCUAGAGCAACGCACACGCACAUACGCACACACGCACGCUGCAGAGUACAAUCACUACGCUGCAAAACCAGCGCUGCCGCCACUGUGCUAACAACCUUCUGAGAUCUCGAGAAAAAGUUUAAACAUUUUUUGAAAAAAAUUUUUAAAAAUUAAAAUGAGGUUAUGAGAGCAUGUUUCUCAUCCAGAGGAAAUAUGUUUUUCUAAAAUGAAUAAACAAAUAAAAAUUUAAAGUAAGAAAUUUUGAGCAAAAAAGAACAGACAAAUAAAAGUUGGAAUCAAACUAUUUUGCAGAAAUAGUUGCAGUGUUAUUAGUGGUUAGGGUUAGUAAAAAAUAGGGUAAAAAAUAGUAAAAAAUAAAAAAUUUCUCCAACCAAAUUGUAAUAUUAGAUAAAAAAGGCAGUA